GAUCAAGUUUUAGACAGAAUCGAGCUGAAAGCUACGUUGCAGCUCUUGGUAAAGGGAGUGGUUCGAUUCCCUUUAGCGGGGCUUGGUAAACCACAUUUUGUGGAGUGAAAUGAUCCAUGAACAGAGGAUCGACAGAAGCGAAGCUAGAAUCACACCAUCAGGAGUAGGUCCAAGCAUUCCUCUUUGGGGUAGGUGGGCGGGAAAGGUAGAACACUAAGAUUUACUCGUUCGAUAAACAAGAUCAAAGCUAUGGCCAUGCCUCUGAGAUAGCCAAAUUGUCCGGACAUUCAUCCAUUUAGUGCAGUUACGAUGUCAUUGCCUAGAUCUUCCUACUCAUUUAUGCUUUGAUCACAUAACUCAAUAGCUCGGGAACGAAGCGAGCAAUCUCGUACUAAAAGAUCUAUUGUGUCAUCAACUACUUUGGGGUCGGCAGAAGCCUUCUCAUCAUUGACUGAUCGGGCACAAGAAUCCUAUCCGAAGCGGAACAUUCCUUUAUUUUUCAACUAAAGACGUCGUGACACACAAUGGAUCAUAGGUUGCUCCUUUGAAGGUGAAUUCCCAACAUCAGAUGACCGAGAAAGAAUUCCCAGAGGGGGAGGCUAGUCCUGUAUGCUAUUAUUCCAAUGCUGACAUGUCAAAUAGACAAUUGAUUCCUGGUGACUAUAGAAAGCUUUCAUCGUGUGACCACAUCUCUGUAUGGGCGGAGCGCGGGCAUAGAACAGAGCUUCAAGCAGGCAUUACAUCGAUCCAAUCCCUACUUAUCUUGGUCUCCAAAUCACAUAGAUAGGGACAGAGUGACAGCAAACAGAGAUGAGGAGAAGGUGUCAAGUGUAACAAUUGACUGAGCUGGACCAGGAAAAUCAAUUAGAGCUCUUGUUUCCCUCUCCAACCUAGCUACAAGAAGAAAGCUUCAUCAAGCAU